CUGGCUGCUCCUACUCCGCGCAUGCGCAGUGUGUCUCUCCAUCAUUCCCAUCAGAUCCCAGUGAGUGUAGGAGCACCAGCAGAGAGAAGAGAGACAACUAUAAUGGGAACCAUGGGAAUACCACUACCCAUCUGCGUUUGGGAACCAAUAUGUUGAACACACUCUACUUGUCCGACUGAGGGACUGAAUCCUGGGCGGCAAAAGACAAAUGGUAAAAAAUUAAGACUUUCCUGUGAAAGCACAGAUCCCAACAUUUUCAGCCAGCAUCUUCCCGAGUCGGAUGGCUCUGAAUGACAAGAUGCAUUAAUGGACGUCCACGCACCAUUCAGCGCCGUAACCAUGAAGCAGCUGAAAGGGUAGGGUCUGCCGUGAGCUCGCCUCACCCUACCCGACCACCCACCCGUCAGCUCUACCUGAGAGCAAACGUUGAAGCAUAACCCUGCAGCUCUACCCAACCAUCCCUCCUCCUCCUCCACCACGGCUUUGGAAGACGAACAUGACGUGCAUUGCGAAGACGCUGGUUGAUGUCUGAUAUAUAUACCUCUGAGGUGUCGAGCGUAAAACCAGUGGAGCAAUGAAUGGCGGAAAGGACUGUGAGGCGGGAGAUGAGAGGCAGGCCUUCCCUGUCCAGGUCCCCAUUGGCUGGCAGCGCAAGCCGGACCACGGUGGCGGGGUCGUAUACAUAAGUCCCAGUGGCUCGGUGCUGUCCAGCUUGGAGCAGGUAAAGACCUACCUGCUGACAGAUGGAACCUGCAAAUGCGGCCUGGAGUGCCCACUCAUCCUCCACAAGGUGUUCAACUUCGACCCAGGGGCGGCGGUCAAGCAGAGGACAGCGGAGGAUGUGAAAGCAGAUGAAGACGUCACCAAACUCUGCAUUCACAAGAGGAAGCUUCUGGCGGUGGCCACGCUGCACAGGAGCAUGGGAACGCACCCACCUCUGACGCUGACCAGUCCAGGAGGAGGUACAUCAUCUGUGGUCACCGCGCAUUCCACGUCUCAACGAGCAAUAAGGACUAAACCCCACGACGGCCUGCCCAACGCUGUCGGCCCUUUCAAGAUGAUGAUGGUAGCUGGACAGCAGCAGCAGAGGCUGUAUCCACCCCAGGAAACGGGUGGAGCCCAGCAUCCAGAGCUCUACUCUGGGUACUCCAGGCCCCAGAGGAUGGGCAGUGGGGAGCCAGGCCCCAAAUCCCCUUACCGGGUUGGGUAUGGAGGCAUGCUGAGCCCACCUCCCUCCAGUAUUAAGCUGUAUGGAGAUGGCUCACAGUCUCCCAGCGCGGACACUCUGGGCAGCCCUGACGGCUUUCCAAGGACCAAUCCUUGUGGGUUUCCAGGAGCCGGCAGUCCUGGCUCAGCCUCCAUCCAUGGGAACUCUAGGACGCCUCUUUCCCCACCCAGUGUAAUGCACCAUGGCUCCCCCGCAGGCCAGCCAUCUUGCGCCAUGACAGGGAGGACUAGCACGCCCCUCUCCCCCACGGCCACUGCCAAAAGCCCUGUCAUGAACAUGAACAUGCCUCGGGGGAACUUCCCCCCUGGUAUGGAUAUGCCCCGUGCAGCGUUUCACCAUAAAACACAGCCCCCUGUGCAUCCCGUACCGCCGCCUCCAUCCAUACCACCAUCCUGUGCCCUUCAGAAAAGGCAGUUGACCUCCGAAAAAGACCCAUUAGGCAUCCUGGACCCCAUCCCCAGCAAAGUCGGCCAGCCCCCCACCAACGCCCCAAACCCCUCCAGCUUCCAGCCUAACAUCCACUCUCAGGUACAAAUGAUGAAUGUAAACAUCCCCCCUCCCGCCAUCGUUCCCUUGCCAAGCAACUUACCUUUACCCACAUCGAAGUCUGGGCCUGUGGGGCACGGCGGCCAUGUUCAAAGGACUCAACAGGGUGGUCCGGCUUCCUCCAUGUCCCCCUCCCCUGUCACCUCCCCUGUCCACAUGGCGGGGCCUGUCCUGGCCAGAAUGGAGGCCUCCCCUCAUCGCUCACGCUCAUCCUCCACCUCCUCUGACCACGGGAACUUUGCAAUGCCCUCGGGGCACCAGGCCCCAUGUGGCAACAUGAAGGUCCCCCCUCGCUCCCCCAGGUCUGCCAUGGGAUCCCCAAGGCCAGCCAUGCCCUCCAGCCCCUCCACCAACAAAACUGACCCGCACCACCAGUACAAAGACUCCCAGAUGCUGCCUGGCAUGGGGAACUCGAUUGGAACGCAGCAGCACAGCAACCCCAUGUACUCACCCACCUCUUCCUCCUCGUCGUCCUCUUCUCUGGCAACCCCCAGCGCUUCACAGAAGGGCCACCCAGGACUCCUGGGGAUGCCCCUCAACCAGAUCCUCAACCAACAGAACGCCGCUUCCUUCCCCGCCAGCAGUCUCUUGUCAGCCGCAGCCAAAGCACAGCUAGCAAAUCAAAAUAAACUCAGCGCUGCUGGCAACAGCCCUGCUGGCAUAACUGGUGGUGGUGGUGGUAUGGGGGCUGGUGGUGGAGGUAAUGGAGGAGCCGGCGGACACCCCGGCUCUAUGAGCGGCCCUCGAGGCAUGGAGGGACACAGCACUUUAAACUCAAUGCUCCCGCCAAACUCCACCAUGCUGCUCAACACUCCCGAGGGCCAGAGCGGUCGGGCGGCUCUCAGAGACAAGCUCAUGGCCCAGCAGAGGGACCCCAUGCGCAAACGGAAGCAGUCAUCGGGCAGUGCCGCUGUAAACCACGACAACAGCAACAACAUGGUCUACAACAUGCUUAACAAACGAGGCAUGGGAGGACCCCACAUGGCGGGGCCCAGCGCCACUGAGCAGCUGCGGAAAGUGGGCCGACUUGGAAACCUUCCCCCAAACACCUCCAUGGCCCAGCUUCUCCAGUCCAUGAGCUGCCAGAGCUCCCACAACCUGGCCGGGAGCAGCCAUCGUCCAGGUCUCAGCCCUGGAGGAUCUGCACAGCUGCACUACAACGACAGCACAGGUAUGGUCCCAGGUGGCCCUCAGCAGAACCUCCUAGCUCAACAGAGGCUGCGGGGUCCAGGAGACGCCAUGCAGCACUGCCAGAACAUGGACGCCUCUGGGGGUCAUCUGGGCUCUCGUCCAGGCCAGUUCCCUGACAUGAUAGCCCAGAUGCAGGCCUCCUCCAUGAGUAACUGUGGGCCCAUGGGGCCAGGAGGUGGACCAGUGGGCCCUGAUGGCAUGCCGCUGGGGCGCCCCCACGCUAACCCCCCACCGCUGUCCCAUCCCGGCCCUCAUCCCUCACAGCAGAACCUCCUUCACAGUAUGGGGCGGACUAGCAUGGUGGUGAUGCCUCAUGGAGGUGAUGGGAGCUGUACACAGACCAUCUCUGAUACAGGAAACCCCUCAUCCCUUGGCUGUGGUAUGGGCGGCCUGCAGCCACACGUCAACGCCGGCGGAGGUCAGAUGUACCAGCAGCAGGUCCACCAGGGCAUGCAGCAGGGCGUGGCCUCCCACCCAGCCUACCAGGGGCAGCAGCACUUCUCUGAUAACCCACCCUACUCAGACAGCAACAACGCCAUGGCCUGCCUCUACCAGAACUACCAGCCGGGGAUGUUGUCUCACCCACAGUUCAGGGAGGGGCAGCAGCCCCAGGGAGACGGGCUUCCAGCGGGAACACCUGGCGGUGACAGGGGAGGCCCGGAGUCGGUGGACGCCAUCUACAGAGCCGUGGUGGACGCCGCCAGCAAGGGCAUGCACGUUACCAUAACCACCACAGUGAGCGGGACCACACAGGCGAGCCCGGUGCCCGCCCUCAGCGCCAUGAGUGCCUUCACUGCCUCGAUAGGGGAGCCGGUCAACCUCCCCCAAGCGGUCAGCACAGUCCUGCACAGGCACCAGGAGGAGGAGGCGUUACCGCAGCAAGCCAGGCCGAGGCAGGUGAGGGGUCGGAAGAACAUGGAUCCAGGGAAGAGCACUCCAGACAGGCCCGAGGCCAACGACUACUUCCGCUCUCCUGGCCGUGGGACUCCCAGGGGACAGUGGGACGGCGAGCACGGAGGAGGCUUCGAUGCUCACAGCAACAACAGCGCCUGGGGUGGCGAGGAGUUUCUGGAGUGCUCCACCCAAGUGAGGAGUAGUCCCUGCAUGGAGCGACCCGCCAGCCUGGCCCCUGCCCCACCCUGCCCCACCGAGGGGUCCAACGACCACGGGCUCGUCAUGGCGCACGAUAAGGCCUUCCUCGAUGACGCCUAUCGCUUCAACAACUGCAACCGGACACCUGCUAACUACAAGGAGCGCCUGGAGCAGACGGUGGAACGCUGCGUCCACAUCAACGGCGCCACCUCCCACUUCAACACCCGGGGUUACGGAGACGUCCUGGGCCCUCCACGGCAGGAGCUGACGGGGGACGACCAGUCGCCCAGCUCCUCCACCAGCCUGGAGGGCCCUCUGGCCACAGCCAAAGACUACAGCCACUACAACGGCCACUUCAACGGUAUGGCGCCCAGCCCCUCGGACACAAAGAGCCUAAGCAGCGAGGAGGACCUGCGGCAACCGGACUCUCCGUCCUCGGAGCUGCUCCACUACCGGUCCAGGACCUUCAACAUGGGAGAGCUGGUCUGGGGCCAGCUGAAGGGCUUCCCGCCUUGGCCCGCCAAGCUGGCCGGGGACGAACAAGUGCACAGCGCUGCUAUGCAGCUACGGGAGCAGGCCAAGGUGGAGCCAGAGAAGCUAAAAACACUAACUCACGACUUGGAGGCACUUGACCGAGCCGCCAAAAGAGGCCUGAACAGACCGGGGAAACUGAAUAAUCACCUGGAAGCUGCUAUCCACGAGGCCAUGAGUGAGCUGGAUAAGAUGUCGGGCACAAUCCCAUCGAGGGAUCGUCAGGGGAAGCUCCCCAAGCCUAAGAGGAGGAAGAUAUCCAGAUAACAUUGAAUGUGUCGGCCCAAGAACGUCCUCAAAGCCUUUCGGAGACGUCGUCCGUUCAGCCUUGAUGCGAUCUGAGCUCUCUAACAGGUGCUACACAUGGACUCUGAGUGGUACAUCCUUGUUCCAUGAUCUCAACUUGACUUAAUGACUGACCACAAAAGGUGCUGGAAAAUCCAAUCACCGAUACAGUUUUAACUGUAGAGAAGAAAAAAAGAAAAAGUAGAGAAAAACAUUGGUUGCAAUUUGUCUACAGCUCACUGAAUUAACUAUUUUUUUCUAGUAUAAGAUAGUAAAACAAACAAAAAAAAAAGCUACAAGCAUUACCUUACAUAUUUAAGAAAAAUAGACAGUCCAAAUAUUUCUGAUACAUUUUCAAUAUGUAUAUAGAUAAUCCUGAAAUUUCAUGCUAUUAAGAAUUGUAUGUAAAUAUUGUACAAUGUCAUGUACAAGCAUACCUAAUGCACAUUUUAUCUUUUAUUGUACAAAAACAAAGCAGAAGUGUACCAAUGUCUUGGUUUCUAUUCAGAAGUGCGGUUGCAUACGGCCGCAUGCAUAGGAUAAAUAAGAAUACAGCCUAAAGCUUUUAUAUGAUCUGAACUGUAAGACGUGCUGUUUUUGGUUUUGUAAGGGAACAGCAGUGGAACAGGCAUGAGUAUAUGAGUUCUCCAUUACGAACGUCACUUCACACCAGUUAAGUGUUCAUUUGUAUUGGGAAAAAAACGAUAAAACAGAAUGAACUUUACCAGCUGAAAGUGUUCAAUGUUCCCUCAGCAGGGUGGGACGAAUGUUGGUGAAUCUACAUCUGCUCCACCGGUCACUCAAACAGGAAAAUCAUAUUUACAGAUCCAGUUUUGUGCUAAAAAAGUCUGGUUGGCAGGUGAUUUAUUUCUGGGUUUACCAUCAUCGUAACUGGCAGACGGAAGAAAGUUGGUUACCUGCCGUUUUUUUAGAAGGGAAAAUCCACCCUCAGACACUUUUAUGUUAAGUGUCAUUUUGUGUUUGUUGCAUUUCAGGAGUUUUGCAAAAGAAGUGUUGAAUUAAUUUACAUUUUUGGGUGAACCAAAACAUAGUGAUUUCCAAGCGAAGGCUCAGGAGUGCCAGAUGGUAAAGCUGCAACAAUUUUGAUAACCAUUUGUCAUAUUUCAAGCAAAAACUGUGAAAUAAUUAAAUGAAAAAUGCCCUUUUAACUAUUUUUGAUCACAUCCUCGGUCAUAUUGUUCACCUAUUUAACAACAUAUGCAAAAAAAACAUUACAAAAUCUAUUUAUUUUUAUUUUUAAAACCCAAAUCUAAUCAUGUGUUUUUCUCGUAAAACAAAAUAUGACAUGUGCUCACGUAAGGUAGUACUAGGGCUGCUCGAUUAUGGCAAAAAUAAUAAUCAU